AGAGAGGAGGAGACAGAAGACAGGUGGAUGGGGAGAGCCAUCAAAGUAGAGCAACAGAAAGAGGCAGAGCUGAGUGUAGUGAUGAAAUAUUAGUGCGACCGUUGCUUAUUUUCUGAAUAUCCUUCCAGUUUCCAAGUUUGUUCUCGUUCAGAAAUGCAGCACGCGUGGCUCUGCCUCCUCUCCGGCCUGUGCCUCCCCCUGGUUUUCCUGUGCGGCGCGGAGGAAGGUCUCGAGUUCCCCAAUUUUGACGGCAAGGACAGGGUGCUGGACAUCAGCGAACGCAACUACAAGAAGGCUCUGAAGAGGUACGACCUGCUCUGCCUGUUCUACCACGAGCCCGUGCCGGCGAACAAGGGCCUGCAGAAGAGGUUCCAGAUGACGGAGCUGGUGCUGGAGCUCACAGCUCAAGUCCUGGAGAACAAGGACAUCGGUUUUGGGAUGGUCGACUCCCACAAGGACGCCAAAGUAGCCAAAAAACUUGGUCUGGAGGAGGUGGGAAGCUUGUACGUCUUCAAGGACGACCGCGUCAUCGAGUUUGACGGGGAGCUGUCGUCGGACACGCUGGUGGAGUUCCUGUUGGAUGUGCUGGAGGACCCGGUAGAAAUGAUCAAUACCCCCAUGGAGCUACGAGCCUUUGAGAGGAUGGAGGAGGAUAUCCGCCUCAUUGGUUACUUCAAAGGAGAGGAUUCAUACUACAAAGCUUUUCAAGAGGCGUCGGAGCGGUUUCAACCUUACAUCAAGUUCUUUGCCACCUUUGAUAAAUCUGUAGCCAAACAUCUCUCUCUCAAGAUGAAUGAGGUGAAUUUCUACGAGCCGUUCAUGGAGGAGCCGGCCAUCCUUCCUGGAAGACCUCUGUCAGAGAUGGACAUUGUUGAAUUUGUGAACCAGCACCGAAGGGCUACUUUGAGGAAGCUUCGUGCAGAGAAUAUGUUUGAGACCUGGGAGGAUGACAUGGACGGAAUACAUAUUGUGGCCUUUGCUGAAGAGGAAGAUCCAGAUGGCUACGAGUUCCUGGAAAUACUGAAAGACGUGGCCAGAGACAACACCAACAACCCAGAGCUCAGCAUCGUCUGGAUCGACCCCGAUGACUUCCCAUUGCUGACAACCUACUGGGAAAUAACAUUUAAGCUUGACCUGUUCAGACCUCAGAUUGGUGUGGUCAACGUCACAGAUGCCGACAGCGUUUGGCUGGACAUGUCCAACGACGAGGACCUGCCCACGGCCGAGGAGCUGGAGGACUGGAUAGAGGACGUCCUGUCGGGGAGGGUCAACACCGAGGACGACGACGAGUCCUCCGACGACCGUGAGAACCGCGACAGCUACGUCACGGAAGACAGCGACGAAAGCCACGACCCAGACGAGGAAGAUGACGGCGAUGACUAAACUGAAUGUUGGUGUCCUGACAAUCAGAAACUAGCUUUGAAUAAAACAAUUAGAAGAAAGUGUAAGGCAUUCAAAAUGUAGUUUUAAGAUAGAUAAAAGAGAUGUUAAAGAGGCCAAGGACCCCCAAACUGAUGGAGAGAUUAAGUAGGGACCCCCUACCUACUAUACGUGUUCUAUAUUAAACUAGUGCUAUUUAUAAAUACACAUCAUUAUUAUCAUUUUGCAUUCAAUGUUAAGCUA